AAAUUCAACAAAAGUUUUUGAGAAAAGUGCAUUUUUCGUCCUGUAAGUUUACCCCUCUGGACAAUUUAGUCCUCUUUGAAUAGCCAUUUUUAAUUUCGUCCUCUAACUUUUAAAAAAGGUUGCACAUUCGUCCCCGACUCGCCGAAAACCCGUUAAUUGCCCGAAAACACGCACGUGAUGGAAAUUGACGGCUCUUUCGGCCUACGUAGAGCCGGAUUUCACACGCGGACGACCUCAGUUACAAGUGGCGGCCGAAAUCAAAAGAAAAAAAAAAAUUUCACGUGUCUACACACGUGGAAAUGGAGGGAAAAACAGAUGAAAAGCAGGAACAUGAACAGUCACUUCACUUCUCCCCACAAUCGCGUUCCCAAAUUCUCUGUGAAGAAAAAAACCCUCCAUCUACAUCGUUCUCAAAUUCUUUCUGAAAUUCCGACGGUAGAAAAAUCGAAAGCUCAAAAUCAAGUAUUGAGAAGCAAGAAUCCAAAUGAUUCCUGAGAAGGUGUUCAUCCGGAAGAAGAUUCGUAUGCACAAUGGACCUCCCACAUACGAGAAGUCAAAAUUGUGUCUUGAUACAUUGGGUUGUCUUAGUGAUCUAUUUGGUUGUGUAGGAAAUAGAAGGUAUUAUUUCAACUCGGGUGCUACAUUUAACUUACUGAAAGAUGAUGCAACUUUAUGUAAUUGGGCUAAAUGUUUCUAUACUAAUAGAUUGAUGGACAUUCACAUUGAUCUAAUGGAUGAAGGUCAAUUUGUGCCUACUUCUAAGUAUGAUGAAGGUGGUUGGGUAGAAUUGGAGAAAAAUAAUGAGAGUGAAGCAGAGAGCAGUGAAACAAGUGAGAGCAGUGAAACAAGUGAGAGUGAAAUGAGUGAAAAGACAGAUAAUGAGGGUUGUGAAAAAAAUGAAGGCAAGGGUGCUGAGGUACCUGAUAGGGGUGAUGAUGGGUGUGAUAGUGAUGGGGGUGAUGAGGGUAGUGAAACUAUAGACAGUGACUUUGAUCUUAGAUCAGAAAGUAGUUGUGGGAGGGAUGAUGCAGACUUUGAUCACAAUGUAGACAAAUCUGUGGAGUCUGAAAUUGAAUCUGAGUCUGAUAGCAAUGUGUGUCCAAAGAUCAUUAAGACAGUGGAGGCUAAUAUGGCAAAGUUUGGUGACUGCAUGCCUAUGAAAAGUGACAACACUCACUAUCAAAUAGAGUGUUAUGGUGGAGGUAGACCUAAGAAAGCAAGGAGGAUUGAUCCUGAUGAGAAAGGAGAGAAAAGACAGAAAAUGAAGGCAAAGAUUCAAAUGAAGAUGAAGAGGCAGCAGACAAGUUUGAAAUGUGGAAAAUGUGGCAAUGUGGGUCACAAUGCCAGAUCUUGUGGCAAGAAAAACCUUUCUGAUGCCAAGAAGGAUCAGAGCCCACUAGCUAAAGCAAGCCAGACAAUUUUGCAAAUUAAGAGGGCUAAUGCUGCAAGACAGGAGAAAGCAGCUAAGGCUACUGCAAAAAAGGCCAAAGAAAAUGAAAGGGAAGCAAAGAAACAGAAACAAGGUUUAAGCAUUGAUAAGCAGGUGAAACAAGGCUCCACCUCCACCAGAGAGAAAGAGAAAGAAGGGCCAAGCAUGGCACCACCUGCUCCAUUUGUAGAAGAAACUGACUGGGAUGAUGAGGGUUUUGUGUCACAAUUGACACAAGAGUUUUGUGCAACUCCACAGCCUUAGAUGACAAAGGGACCCACACCCCUUGAACAACUGAAAAUGGGAUUAGGAGAUGAUUCAUACUUUAGAGGUAAGCAAUUGGAGGCCAUCACUGCAAGAGAUGGAACUCCAGCAAUGUUUGAAAGGAUUCAAAAUGACCUCUCUUUUGGUAGCUCAUCUCAGAAGUUGAAGCAGAUCAAAAAGGAGAAGGGAGAAAAUUCUAGAAAGAAUUGAAUUUCAGUUGAUUUGAUAGGAAACUGAAUUUAGUUGAUUUGGUUGUAAAACAUUUGCAGGAUUUGUUUGAAACUUAAUUUUGUUUUGGUGUUAAUUUUGUUAUGCUUGGUGGUUGUAAAACACUUGUGUUGUGUU